CGGCUUGCGGUUCCAUCGAAAAUGCCCCGACUGCUAAGGCCAAAGAUGGUCAAGUUUCCGAGUCGAGAUGGAUGUGUUAAUCCCGCAUCUAGGUCCAAGGGAGGAGACGAAAAUCCCUUUUCUUCACUUACACGACGCUCGGUGGUCCGAAAAUCGGCCAGACCCGCGUUCACUUUGAUGAUGGUAGAGAUACAUGGUGAGGAAGUAAAGACACUCAGAAAAAGAGAUAAAGAUUACAGGAACAUGCCUCCCAAGGCUCGUCAGGCCUGACCCGCCAAUGUCUCUCAUUCCAUUUGACAUUUCUGAUACUGUAUAGGCAAUCAGCCUUUUCUGUAUAAGUGUCUAUAUCGCAGACGACCACCAUGCUUCCCUCGUGCAUCCUCGCGCUUGUGUUGCCAUUCGCUUCUGUUUUGGCCGCUCCUUUCACAGGGCCUACACUUCCCCCGUACCUCUCCAGCGCGGCUCUCGAGGAGCUCGGCAAGAGACAGACGCAACAAUGGCGGACGCAGAACUGGGGCAAUGAGUUUUCCAACUACACCUGGUCGUCGGGACCUAAUGGGCGGUUUGCAGUAGACUGGAGGCAGCCCAAUGGCGGCAACUUUGUGGUGGGCAGGGGAUACAGUCUAAACAACAACAACAGAAUCUUCAACUACUCUGGCACCUUCACCGUCAACAACCGCGCCUACAUGUGCCUGUACGCGUGGACGGUGAACCCGCUGACCGAGUGGUACGUCAUCGAGAACAUGGGCGUGCACAACCCUGCCGACAACCGCAACGCCACGUGCCACGGCCGGAUCCAGAGCGACGGCGGCACCUACGAGGUCUGGUCAAAGUGGCGCAUCAACGCGCCCUCCAUCAUCGGCGACGCCGACUUCCAGCAGUACUGGUCCAUCCGCACCCGCCGCCACGUCGGCGGCACCAUCAACACCACGGCCCACCUGGAUGCUUUCCGCCGCGCCGGCCUGCCGCUGGGCACGCAGCAGCCCGUCUUCCUCGCCAUCGAGGGCCAGGUCGGUAACGGCGCCGCCACGCUGACUGCCGGCGUGGCGCCCACUACCACCGUGGCUGAGUCGGCUACCCCGACGGCGAGGACUGAGUUGGUGCCGAGUCGGGCUUGUACGAGGGUGUUGUGAGUGCGCCUUGGGUCGUGCAGGGGGGUUGGAUGGAUGGAUGGACCAAAGGACUGCUCAUGUUUGUA